AUGGACGCUGCUAAAGCGGUGGAGACACAGACGUGCCAGACGCGGCGCCGCCUGUCCGUGACGAACUCACUGGAGCGGGUACGUCACCUGCAGGCGUCCCACCAACUGGAGCGGCAGCAGUGGUCCCGGGGCGCCGAGCACGACGCCGCGCGGAGAACCUUCCUUCAGCAGAGGCAGGGGAGGGCGCUGCGGACGCAACAUGCGCUGCUAGGCGCGCCGACUGUACGGACUUACAGCCCCGAUUCCGUGUCAGCUUCCUCAACGGAUAACACCGAGGUGAGUGCAACUUACCCCACAGAUCAUCCACCCAAUAUUAUCUACGAGAGCUUUAGGAGGUGGACUCUCGACUCGACGUCGGAUUUGGGCCCAAGCCUCUCGAGGGCGAGGCGUCGGCGCCCCGAACAGUUAACGUUCGUCCUCCCCGGACGCAGGCGGCCACCUCUACGGAGAAUGCAGAGCCGAAACUCGACCAACCCCAGGUCGAUCCAGUACCGACUGGACGAGACUCCCCCUUCCCCGAUCAAUAUUCAACACAACAACACCAACAACGGCGGGGAAGACGUCACGGACAAGGUGGCGGCGUUCUUGGAGAAGGCGUGCGUCCUGGCCGAGACCGACCGCGACCACGGCGCCGAGAGAACCUCCAACAUCGAGGAGAGGAUCCAGAAGUACGAGACGCGAAAGAGACAGAUGCAGAGGCGGACCAGUCUGGUGUACUGUCCCGGCAGUGCGCCCAUGGACGGCCCGGCGGUGGGAAGCAUGAAACGGAUCAGCGUGGUUGCCCCGCCGACUGAAUCCACCAUCGACGAGACCGCGUCAACGGACUCGAGCAGCGACACUGAGAGCGAUUUGUCGGGAGAGACCCGAGCGGAGCGACUGGACCGUCUACGGGCGCUGCCGCCGCUGCUCCUGCCGCCCAUCUACACCGUCCGCACCCGCCAGCCCGCCCGCCAGGUCCGCAGCUGGCCCCCGCCCACCGGCAAGCCGCGCGUGCCCCGCAGGAUCUCCCAGCGCGUCUGGGACGAACUGAAGGAGUGCCGGUAUAUCAGGCAGAAAACGGGGGCAGGGAACAGCUGAGGACGGGGAAGGGGACAG